UUUGUGUGGCGUCUGCAUCGUCUGCAGGCGGCAGGCUGACGACCGAGCCCGCUCCGAAAUGUUCUCCUCGGGAUAUUUCUAUUCAUCGUGAUUAAUUUAGAUUUUAGGUAUAUGCAACGGAGUGGGGGCCAGUCACUUCACGUAUUACUGAGGAGUCGAAUCAGGAUGCUGUCACCAGGGCUCCACUGUGAACACUUCAAGAUGCUGGCAUCCACCAUGGUAACAGACACGUCCUGUUUGUGCUCCGCCUCUACGUCUCAUCCGGAUUUGAUCUGAUCCUGAAGCAUCCUCGAUUGUCUGGAGAUGGAUUACAAACUGUUGCUAUGCCUUUGACGGAGCUCUCACACUUCACCCACGUUAGUAUUUGCUGAUAAAGUGCCACGAUGGCUUUUUGCAAUGAAAGCCUGCUGGAAGGAUGUGACUUCAUGGAGCCGGACGAUGCUAAUCAGGCCACCGGUAGUCCACCAUCCGAACCUGGAACUCCUCUCAUAUCGGUCACCCUGCGUGUAACUUUGGCGGCUAUUAUGAUCUUCAUGAUUACCAUUGGUUUCCUGGGCAACUCCAUCGUGUGUUUGAUCGUCUACCAGAAACCGGCCAUGCGCUCCGCAAUCAACCUGUUGCUGGCCACGCUGGCCUUCUCCGACAUUAUGCUCUCGCUCCUUUGCAUGCCCUUCACCGCCGUCACGCUGGGGAGCACCGACUGGAGCUUCGGGAGCGGAUUUUGCCGCGCCUCCAUCAUGCUUUAUUGGCUCUUUGUCUUGGAGGGGGUCUCCAUACUUCUCAUCAUCAGCGUGGAUCGCUUCCUCAUCAUCGUGCAGCGUCAGGACAAGUUGACCCCACACAGGGCGAAGGUUUUGAUCGCAGGCUCGUGGCUGCUUAGUCUGUGCGUGUCCUUACCGUCUAUCGUGGGCUGGAGGACGGGCACGGCGGGUGCAGGGGUGGUCUGGGUCCCGCAGUGCGUGCUGGGAUACAGCGAGUCGGUGGCCGAUCGGGCUUACACCGUCCUCUUGGCGGUGGCGGUCUUCUUCGCCCCCUUUUCGGUCAUGCUCUACUCAUACAUGUGUAUCCUGAACACGGUGCGACGCAACACCCUACGCGUCCACAGCCACGCCAGCGAGCCCUCCUGCCUGCCGGCCCUCAACCAAGUCAGCAAAAUGAGACUCAUCGGUCUGCAGAGACCCCCGCAGAUUAAGGUGGACAUGAGCUUCAAGACCCGUGCCUUCACGACCAUCCUCAUCCUUUUUGUGGGUUUCUCCGUGUGCUGGCUGCCCUACACCGUGGUCAGCCUGCUGGCUGUCUUCAGCCGCCAGUUCUACUUCAGCCCCAAUUUCUACCCAAUCAGCAUCGGUGCUCUGUGGCUCAGCUACCUGAAGACAGUUUUCAACCCCAUCAUUUACUGUUGGAGGAUCCGAAAGUUCCGGGAAGCCUGCCAGGAGUUCUUUCCCAAAAGCUGCCGCCUGUGUCCCAGGGUCGGUGGCCGCAGCCGAAGGAGAGUGCGACCCAGCAACAUCUAUGUCUGCAGCGAGACUCAGUCGGCUGUAUGAAGGACACAAAUUGUCCUGGGAUUUUUUGUCUCAGAUUUACAGAAGUGCGGAACUGCCAGUGUGAAGU